UCUACCUUCAUCAGAAAGAUACACGCAGGCCGUAGAAAAGUCGACGACGGCAGUUAUCGCCGCCGGCAAGAACGAUUACAAAUCUCUAUUUCUCUCUCCUCUUUCUCUCACUAUUUUCUCUGAUUCAAGUUACAAUAUAGCAGUUUCUACUUCCAGUUUUCUGGAUCCGUUUCAUCAGUAUCUUCAUCCGUUGAUCUCUCGUGAAAGUAGUGACGAUGUCGGUUAGUAAUGUAAAAACUGCCAAAGUGAGCAAUGUUUCUUUAGGGGCUACACUGCUAGACAUAAAAGAGUUCUUCUCUUUUUCUGGUGAUAUUGAAUAUGUUGAAUUCAGGAGUGAUAAUGAAAUGUCCCAAAUAGCAUUUGUUACCUUCAAGGAUUCACAAGGAGCAGAGACUGCAGUCCUACUUUCGGGUGCAACAAUUGUUGAUCAAUCUGUGACGGUUACUCUUGAUCCUGAAUACGAGCUUCCACCUGCUGCUCUAGCACCACUGCCUGCUAAAACAGAAGAUAAAGCUCCUGAAGUGGGUGGAUCUGCAUUUAGGAAGGCAGAAGAUGUGGCUACAAGCAUGCUAGCAAAAGGGUUCAUCUUAGGAAAAGAUGUGAUAGGAAAAGCAAAAUCCUUCGACGAAAAGCACCAACUAACUUCCACAGCUUCGGCUAAGGUGGCAUCUCUAGACAAAAAGAUCGGUCUUAGCGAUAAAAUAAGCAGUGGAACUUCUGCUGUUGGUGAGAAAGUGCGGGAAGUAGAUCAGAAGUUUCAGGUUUCAGAGAAGGCUAAAUCUGCUUUUACAGCUGCGGAAGAGAAAGUGAGCGGUGCAGGAACAGCAAUAAUGAAGAACCGAUAUAUUUUGACUGGAACAACUUGGGUUACUGGUACUUUUAAUAAGGUUGUUGCUAAGACGGCUGGAGAAGUUGGGACGAAAACCGAAGAGAAAGUGGUGGUUGAGAAGUUUGAAGGGAAUGAAAAAGAGGUAAAUGUUCCACAAAGUUCAUGAUUUGGUUGGUUUUAAAAAGGAUUUAAGGGAUGGAUUUAUAAACAUAAACCAAUAAUAUCAUAAUUCCAUGCUUAUGUUUGUUUGGUAUUUUACAAAAGUUUGAAAAAUGUUGUAUGGUUAUUUGGUCAAAUUUUGUUUUUUAUUUGUUUCUAAUAUAAAAGUAUAUGGAUUCUCUAU